AGAGCUCGCCCACCACCCGCGGAGCCGCGACCCACCAUGCAUGUGAACGGCAAAGUAGCCCUGGUGACCGGUGCAGCACAGGGCAUAGGCAGAGCUUUCACAGAGGCUCUGUUGCACCAUGGUGCCAAGGUAGCAUUGGUGGAUUGGAAUCUCGAAGUAGGUGUAAAGUGUAAAGCUGCCCUGGAUGAGCAGUUCGAACCUCAGAAGACCCUGUUCGUCCAGUGUGAUGUGGCUGACCAGAAACAACUGAGAGAUACUUUUAGAAAAGUCGUAGACCAUUUUGGAAGAUUGGAUAUUUUGGUCAAUAAUGCAGGAGUGAACAAUGAGAAAAACUGGGAACAGACACUGCAAAUUAAUUUGGUUUCUGUUAUCAGUGGAACCUACCUUGGUUUGGAUUACAUGAGUAAGCAAAAUGGAGGUGAAGGUGGUGUCAUCAUCAAUAUGUCUUCACUGGCAGGACUUAUGCCUAUUGCACAACAACCUGUUUACUGUGCCUCAAAGCACGGCAUAAUCGGAUUCACACGCUCAGCAGCGAUGGCUGCUAACCUUAUGAAGAGCGGAGUAAGACUGAAUGCCAUUUGCCCAGGCUUUGUCAACACACCCAUCCUUAAGUCCAUUGAAAAAGAAGAAAAUAUGGGCCAAUACAUAGAAUAUAUGGAUCAGAUCAAGACUAUGAUGAAAGUCUAUGGCAUCUUGGACCCAUCCAUCAUUGCCAAUGGAUUAAUAACACUCAUUGAAGAUGAUACUUUCAAUGGUGCCAUUAUGAAGAUCACAGUAUCUAAAGGAAUUCAUUUUCAUGAUUAUGACAUCACACCAUCAUUUGUAAAAGAUCCAUGAACAUCUUAAGAAUCAACCAUAACCGACAAUAAACACAAGUGACUCACUCAGACUGCAUCUUUACUAAUAUAGAUUUUAAAUGAAGUGAUGUAGUAUGAAACCUACCUUCAUGUAUCUGAUGUUAAUAUUUUUCUAAAUGAUUAGUUAAAUGUGUAGAUAAAGAUGGAUGUAUGACAACUUAAUGAAAAUACAGUGCAAACCCAAACUGGGUUAUAAUCUAAUAAUCUAAGGCAGAACAAAGGAUAUUCAAGAGAUAUUCUGCCUUUCAGAGAACAUAUUUAUCACUGUCUCAUAAAUAUUAAUGGUUUUCAGAAAUGGGAUACUUGAAUUAUAUGUUUGUACUUCAAAAGGGGGAAGCUAGUUUACAAUGGAAAUAUUUAGUAAUAAAAGAGUUUGUACAUGAUCUGCAAGCUAAACAUUUCAACUCUUUGAAGAUCUAGUGUAGGUGGGGAGACCAGUAGUUAGGGAAUGAAUUCCAUUGUGACCAUGCCCCAAUAAAAAGCAUCUGAUGUAUGGGAAAAUGAUACUGUUACUAACAUUGAAGAUUCACAGUUAAGCCUCAAACCAAGACAGCUUUUUCUUCCUUCCUAAAUUUAGAAAUUCAAUGGAUUCCGAAAACCUCAGGAAUAAAACUUUUAAUAGUUAUAGCAAAAGGAGGAAACUGUAAAAUUUUAUAUGUAUUAUAUAUACCUAUUAAGAAAUGAUUCAAAUGUAUUUUUCCUGAUUGUUUCUAUGUUGAUUUGCAUUAAUUUCAAAAUUGCCUGUCUUUCAAUAAAACUUUUAUUUGAAUUCACAUAA